AGCUCUCCUUUAUUUAGAACUUGGCUCUCUUGAGUGGCCUGGGGAGACAGGCGUUGCAUUUUCCGGAGGCGUGCAGAGAAACAGCAGCCACUUGGCAUUCUUCGUGUCAGCGUCUCUCAUGAACAGCACACAGCAGUGGCUCAGCUGAACUAACAGAUGACACCGCGAAGCACUCAGAGCUCAGCUCUGUCAGUGGAGAAAAGAACCCCAGAGGCACUGACAAAAGGUUUCACUGCAAAUUGGGCUAAAGGAUGUUAGCAAAAUCUGUGGCUGAUGUCAGAGUGACUUCUUCCAAAGAGAAUUACAGCCCCCAAACUGAAGCUGUAUGGGUCAAGGACACUGUAGACAAUGCUGAAAGUCUGUACCAACAAGCCCAGAUGGGAAGCUUGCCUGGGACUAUUCCAGAAAGUUCUCCAGCUCCUAGUAAAACAAAUGGACGAGUAAAUUCAGACCCAGUGGCCAAUGGAAUAAUCAAUAAACCCCAACUCCUGGAAAGUCGGGAGCGACCGAAGUCAUCAGACAUCCUGGAAGAGUUAAUUGUCCAAGGAAUCAUACAGAGCCGAAGCAAAGUGUUUAGAAAUGGAGAGUCAUAUGAUGUCAUGGUGGACGCUGCUGAAAAGUCACUGAGAAAGCCACCAGCCAGACUGAAAAAGCUCAGGGUGAAGAAAGAGGUAAAGGAUUUCACAAUCCAAGACAUAGAGGAAAAGAUGCAGGCGGCGGAGGAGCGCCGAAAGACAAAAAAAGAAGAAAUAAGAAAACGGCUACGGAGUGACCGACUUCUGCUCACCGCUAAGCCUUCAGAUGCAGCUGAACCAGGAAGGGUGGAGGUUCCGUUUGCAAAAGGCCUCCCAGAUGUGAGCACCCCUGCUUUGCCGAGGUCCUACAUGCAGGAAGGAGAGCCGCUCAAAAGGAAGAAGAGCGAAAGUGAGGUAGCCCGGAUGAACAGGAACGAGCCCUGUACAGGGUUGGGGGUUGUGGAGUCAGACAUAUAUUACAACCAAGAGGAUGACAUAUUCUGAUAUUCCUUUUUCAAAAUGAAUCUCACAAAGCUGUCCAUUCUCUCCAAUUGUGACAGUCAUAGUGUGUCUCCUGGUCUUUAAAAAGUGACUGUGGCUCUACUCGCUGGGCGUAGGGAUGUAUGUGAGCAGCAGGGGAUGAAUUUUAGCUGAGUGAAUUAAAGGAGGGGUGGGGGGUCACAAGGUCAGUGUUCUCCUUCAGAGUGCCUUCCAGCAGUAGUUAGGGGCCAGACCCCACCAGCCUCCAUUGCUUGUGCCAAAAGAAAUUCUCCCUUGUCGGUUCUGACCUUGGCCACACCCACUGAUGAAUCCUUCAUGACAAGUUGCAUCCAUGUGCAUUAGGUAUGCUAAUAAUCUGUGUGUUUCUUGUGUUUCCCCUCUUUGCUGUAAAAAAAAUUAAUAAAUAAAGCAGUAUCUUGAAA